CACAACCCUUUACAAACCCUGACACAACUAUGGCACAACCACUUGUAUAUCCACAUACAACCAUGCCACAACCUCACCUAUACCCACCUACAACCAUGAUACAACCUCACCUAUACCAAUCUACAGCCAUGGCACAACCUCACCUAUACCAAUCUACAGCCAUGGCACAACCUCACUUAUACCAACCUACAGCCAUGGCACAACCUCACCUAUACCCACCUGCAGCCAUGGCACAACCUCACUUAUACCCACCUGCAGCCAUGACACGACCUUUGUCAUACCAACACAGUGAAAUGGCACUUCAUCUGAACUCUAACAUGGCACAAGUUCCUCCAUACCCACACACAGACACGGGACAGCAUCCUCAGUACUCAGACUCAGCCAUGGGGCAGCAUAAUCAUCCACACAUCCAGCACCCUCUUUAUCCACACAUCCAGACAGCACAGAUCUCUCCACAGCCUCCUUUAGAUGAACACACAGUUAUGAGAGGCAGCACCCAUCUGCAAACUGAGCAUGCUCCAGUCAAAACGGCCAAACUAACAGACAACCAUGUCCUGGACAGAGUACUGAUGACCCAUAAAGCCAGUAUGAAGAGGAGGUUUGAGAGCAUAUGUGAAGGCAUCAUAAGAUCAGGGACUCAAACACUCCUGAACAAGAUCUACACAGAGCUCUACAUCACAGAGGGAGAGAGUGAAGGGGUGAAUAAUGAGCAUGAGGUUUGGCAGGUGGAGUCAGCAUCCAGACCACAAACUACAGAUGACAUAGCAAUCAAGUGUAAUGAUAUCUUCAAGCCCUUACCUGGACAGGAGAGACACAUCAGAACUGUCAUGACCAAGGGGAUUGCUGGCAUUGGAAAAACUGUCUCAGUGCAGAAGUUCAUCCUUGACUGGGCAGAGGACGGAGCUAACCAGGAUGUGGAUUUCAUGUUUGUGCUUCCGUUCCGUGAGCUGAAUUUGGUCCAACAUGAUCAGUACAGUCUUCACAGGCUCCUGCUUGACUUCCACCCUGAGCUUAGAGAGCUACAAGAGGAUGAAUACAAAGACUGCAACAUUGUGUUCAUAUUUGAUGGUCUGGAUGAGAGUAGACUUCCACUGAAUUUCCAAGAGAACCAGAAGUUGUCUGAUGUGACAAAAACAUCAUCAGUGGAUGUGCUGAUAACGAGCCUCAUUCAGGGAACUCUGCUUCCCUCUGCUCUCCUAUGGAUAACCUCCCGACCAGCAGCAACCAGUCAGGUCCCUUCUCAGUGCAUCAGUCAGAUAACGGAAGUACGAGGAUUCAGUGACCCACAAAAGGAAGAGUACUUCAGGAAGAGAGUCAGUGACCAGAAUCAAGCCAACAGAAUCAUCUCACACAUUACGGCAACCAGGAGCCUUCACAUCAUGUGCCACAUGCCAGUCUUCUGUUGGAUCUCAGCCACUGUCCUUCAGAAAAUACUGGAACAGGAUGAUGGGAAGGAAGCCCCCAAAACUCUGACUGAGAUGUUCAUACACUUUCUGCUCAUCCAGACCACAAGGAAGGGCCAGAAGUAUCAAGAGGAAAGUGAGACCGAUAGACAGAGCCUCCUAGAAUCACAUAAGGGUGUCAUAUUGAAACUAGCAGAGCUGGCUUUCAAGAAUCUGGAGAAUGGCAAUCUCAUGUUCUAUGAGGAAGACCUGAGAGAGUGUGGCAUUGAUGUCAGUGAAGCUUCAGUGUACUCUGGCAUGUGCACUGAGAUCUUCAGGGAGGAAUGUGUGUUUCACCACAAGAAAGUCUACUGCUUUGUCCAUCUGAGCAUCCAGGAGUUUCUUGGUGCACUUCAUUUGUUUUCCUCCUACUUGAGUAAGAACAUUGAGGUCCUGAAAUCAUUUGUUAGCACAAAGCCCUGGUCUUUACCAGAUGUGCCUCUCGAUGAGCUGCUGAAGAAUGCUGUGAACAAAGCUUUAGAAAGCAAGAAUGGACACCUUGAUUUGUUUGUUCGCUUUCUUCAUGGCAUUUCUCUGGUGUCAAAUCAGAGCCUUUUGCUAGGCCUCCUGACACACACCAGCAGCCCAGAGAGUGUGAAGAAAACAUUGAGGAACCUGAAGGUGAUGCAGAGACAAAAUAUCUCUCCUGAACGGUGCAUCAACCUGUUCCACUGCCUGGUGGAAAUGCAUGACUGUUCUGUCCAUGAUGAAAUCCAGGCUUUCCUGAAGGCAGAGAAAGGUGCCGUGAAACAGCUCACACUGGCUCACUGCUCAGCCUUGGCUCAUGUCCUUCUGAUGUCUGAUGAGGUGCUGGAUGAGUUUGACUUGAAGAAAUACAAAACUUCAGACGAGGGACGGAGGAGACUUGUGCCAGCUGUGAGAUGUUGCAGAAAGGCUCUACUUGUUGACUGUAAGCUAACAGAGAAGUCCUGUGAGAUUGUGAUCUCAGCUCUGCAGUCUGCAAACUCCCCCUUAAGAGAGCUGGACCUGAGUCAGAAUGACCUGCAGAAAUCAGGAGAAAAGCUGCUCUCUGCUCUACAGAGUCCAAACUGCAAACUGGAGGCACUGAGGCUUGCUGGCUGUGGAUUCCAUAAGAAAUCUGGUGACAUUUUGGGCUUUGCUCUGCAGUCAGUAAACUCUCACCUGAGAGAGCUGGACCUGAGUAAGAAUACUCUGGGGGAUUGUGGUGGAAAGCUGGGCUCUGAAGCACUGUAUCCACACUGUAAGAUGAAGACACUUAGACUUGCUGAUUGUGAGCUAACAGCGAAGCCCUUGGAGAUUAUGGCCUCAGCUCUGCAGUCUGCAAACUGCCCCUUAAGAGAGCUGGACCUGAGUCAGAAUGACCUGCAGGUGUCAGGAGAAAAACUGGUCUCUGCUCUACUGAGUCCAAACUGCAAACUGGAGACUCUGAGACUUGCUGGCUGUAAGCUAACAGCGAAGUCCUGUGAGAUUAUGGCCUCAGCUCUGCAGUCUGCAAACUCCCCCUUAAGAGAGCUGGACCUGAGUCAGAAUGACCUGCAGGUGUCAGGAGAAAAACUGGUCUCUGCUCUACAGAGUUCAAACUGCAAACUGCAGACACUGAGACUUGUUGGCUGUAAACUGAAGGGAAGAUUUUUGGCCUUGGCUCACCGGGGGGCAAACCCCCACCUAAGAGAGCUGGACAUGAGUGACAGUGAGCACAUGGUCUCCCUGACAGAACUGGACCUGAGUGACAAUCACAUAAACAUCACUGGAAUUCAUCUUUCGAGUGCACUGAAAGGUGACAUCAACUGUAUGCUGCAGAAAUUGAGACAUGCCCGUGGAGAACUGAGAAACUAUGCCUGUGAGCUCACGCUGGACCCAAACACAGCACCCAGAUUCCUCUCUCUCUCUGAGGGGAACAGAAAGGUGACAUGUGGGUAUCAGCAGCAGCAGUAUCCUGACCACCCAGAGAGAUUUGACUACCACCCUCAGGUGCUGUGUAGAGAGGGUCUGACUGGACGCUGCUACUGGGAGGCUGAGUGGAGUGGUGGUGAUGUGGUUUAUAUAGCAGUGGCCUAUAAGAGCACCCCGAGGAUAGAGAGGAGUGGGGAGAGCAGCGCGUUUGGAUGGAAUGCCAAGUCCUGGAGACUGACCUGCUCUGGUAACAGUUACUCUGCCUGGCACAAUAGUAAGGAGACUGCCAUACCUGCCCCCUCCUCCCGCUCCAGCAGAGUAGGAGUGUACCUGGACUGGCCAGCAGGCACUCUGUCCUUCUACAGCGUCUCCUCUAACACACUCACCCACCUGCACACGUUCCACUCCACAUUCACUGAGCCCCUCUAUCCUGGGUUUUAUGCUUAUAUUAACUCCUCAGUGUCCUUGUGCCAGAUCACAUGACCUCCUAAUCCUGCAGCAGAGUAGAGCAACACACACCUAUUUACACACGUGUGCGUGUGCGCGUGCGUGUACGCGUGUGCGUGUGCGCGUGUGUCCUUUUCAUCCUCUGUGUUCCAUCUUCCCUCUGACUGUGUUUUCACCUCAGUUUCUCUUACUCUCUUUGUGUGUGUGAGGGGGGUUGUGUCUGUGUAGUGUUUGUUGCUCCUGCUUCCCUCCUGUGUGUGUGUGUGUGUGUGUGUGUGUGUGUGUGUGUGUGUGUUGCCCCUGCUCCGCUCCUGUGUGUGUGUGUUCCUCCUCUUGCCUCCUCUCUGUACCGGUCACUGUUCUCACUGUAUUCACUGUUCUCACUCACACACACACUCACUCACUCACUCACACACACACACACACACACACACACACACACACACACACACACACACACACACACACACACACACACACACACACACUCACAGUCACACUGACACACACUCACACAUUCACUCACUCACACACACUCAGUCACAAACACUCACUCUGUCUCUCUCACACACACACACACACACACACACACACACUAUACACUCACUCACACACACUCAGUCACAAACACUCACUCUGUCUCUCUCACACACACACACACACACACACUAGCUCACACUGACUCACACUCACACACACACUUACUCACAUUCAUUCUCACACACACACACACACUCGCUCAGUCACACUCACAAUCACACUCAGUCUCACACACACACACACACACUCUCACGCACGCACGCACGCACACACACACACUCACUCGAACUCAAACACACACACACACACACACACACACACACACACACUCACUAGCUCACACUGACUCACACUCACACACACAUUCACUCACAUUCAUACUCACACACACACACACACACACUCGCUCAGUCACACUCACAAUCACACUCAGUCUCACACACACUCACUCUCACUCUCACGCACGCACGCACGCACACACACACACUCACUCGAACUCAAACACACACACACACACACACACACACACACAUUCACACACUCGCUGACACUCAAACUCAAUCACACACACAUACACUUACACUCACACACACACUCUCUUUCUCAUUCUCUCUCUCUCUCUCUCUCUCUCUCUCUGUGUUUCUGCUUUCUCUAUUCCUUCCUCUGUGUAGCAUCAUCCCUCCUUCUGUUUUGUUUUCCUGGCUAUUUCUCCUGUUUCAUCCCUCCAUUUUACAGUUUUUUACAAUCACUUUGCUACUAUUUUCAGAACCUUGAUGUCAUUUUUCAAAACUCUAGACACAAAACUCAAAACGGUUAUCACUUGUAACACAGGCCCUCUAAUGUUCAAAACAUUGGAUUGUACAUUCACAUCUUCAAAGAAAUCUUGCAAUUGCACAAUCAUUGGUUCAAAAAACAAAUUUACUGUGAAAUACCACUGAAACAUAACUAUAGAUCACCCGCACACAAGUAACCUAUAGUUUCAUUGUGUCAUUGUUUGUACAAUCAUUAGAUAUUGUAGAACAAAAUAGGUGAUACAGGUUUCAUUAAGGUACUAGAGGAACAGUGCAGUAAACACAUCUCUGUAAAAGUACUGCAGUAGUAGAGAGAAUACUACAGACACAGUGGAAUCACUGAUCAAAGUUUGUAAUAUAUUGAUGCAAAACACUACAGUACAAUCACAACAUAGGUUUAUUUGAAUUAAAGUAAAAAUAAUUAGCUAUGAAAUAGAAAAGAAAAGACAGCCUGAUGAAAAUAUAAAAUAUAAAAAAUAUAUAUUUUUUUAUAUAAAGAAAUAAAAUAUUAGGCUACAUCCAUGGAUAUUGUAGUCUAAUUGGUUCAUGCUCCACGCUAAUUGGUGACAGUGAAUCUCGUUACAGUAUCUUGAAACUUUCAUGAUUUGCAGUAAACAUGGAAGAUUGUGUGUGUGUUUCGUGUUUCCAUGCAACUGCAUAAGAGUAAUGCAACAGUUACUUAUCAUUUUGAGCAGUUGUAUCAAUUGAUAGUUAGAUCAUUGUAAGGAAAUGAAUAGGCGCUCAUUUUAAAUGUAAUGUGUGAAUUGCCUUUUGAAAUAGCAGUACUUUGAUGUUAAGUUGUAUCAUAUUGAACAGGUGAGUUUUGUUGAAUGAACAAAUGAUCUAAGUUGUAUGUGUAUUGUAUCCAAGCAAUCGAGAAAAGGGUUAGAGUUUUGAAAAAUGUGCAUUUUGAUCAUUGGUUGUGAGUUUUGUGUCUAGAGUUGUGAAAAAUGACAUCAAGGUUCUGAAAAUAGUAGCAAAGUGAUUGUAAAAAACUGUAUUCCUCACACACACAUUUCUCUCCCCCUCUCUCUGUCGCUCCAUUUCAAUCCUGUAUUCUAUAUUUGAUCAUCUACAUCAUAUGGUGAGCAUGUCGUAUCCAACUAGAGCAAACACACCAGAUAACAAAUGAAUGUUGUGUGUUGAUGAUCUUAGAGUGACAUUUGAACUUGAACUUGGAGUGUUGUAUGUACUCUGAAGAACGGGUUUUCUCCACCGUUAAUUGAUAUUAGUAACAAUGGAGUUUGUUGCUGCAGAGACUUUUUUUACAUUGAUAUACUUGAGGGAGACAGAAGGAGGGGAGUCCCUUAUUUUCCCCUGUGUUUUUGAUUAUAAAUUGUAUUUUUGAUAGUAAAUGAAAUAUGUUAUUGGUUAAAAUGUUGUCUUAACCUUGAUAUGUGUAUAUCCACAAAGGCAAACAGGGUUUAAUUAAAAUAUACAAAUUAAUUGAAAUAAAAUGUUAAAUGUAUGUUAUAUUCAAUUUCAUGGCACAUAUGUAUUCUUAAUGAGUCAUUCUCCUUGACCUUAAGGAAUUAAGUUAAAAUAAAAUGUAAACAAAU